GGUAUACUAAAUUUACGUCCUGCGGAGCCAAUAUAAAUAAUAAGACAUCCUAAACACAUUUGUUUCAGUACUGAUCAAGUUCUUGCUAGAGAAAAUCAAUCAAUCCCGCAUUUUGUUUCUUUUGUGAUCAUUCAUAAGCUCGAGUGAUCAACCAUCUGUAAGAAAGAAAUCCAAAAAACAUGGCUGGUGGUGACAAAGUGGUUCUGUUGGAUGUCAAAGUGAGCAUGUUUGGGAUGAGGGUAAGGGUAGCACUAGCAGAAAAGGGGAUUGAGUAUGAAUACAGAGAAGAAAAUUUGGCCAAUAAAAGCCAGCUUCUUCUCGAGACAAAUCCUGUUCACAAGAAAAUCCCUGUUUUGAUUCACAACGGGAAGUCCGUUUGUGAAUCCCUUAUAAUUGUUCAGUACAUCGAUGAAGUUUGGAAAGAAAAUAACCCAUUGAUGCCUUGUGAGCCUUACCAGAGAGCUCAAGCCAGGUUUUGGGCUGAUUUCAUUGACAAAAAGGUUUAUGAUCCUGGGAGGAGGAUUUGGGCUACAAAGGGAGAGGAACAGGAGAAAGCCAAGAAGGAAUUCAUCGAAAUUCUGAAAACUUUGGAAGCAGAACUUGGAGAAAAGGCUUAUUUUGGGGGUGAAAAUUUUGGAUUUGUUGAUGUUGCUUUGAUUCCUUUCUACAGCUGGUUUUAUGCCUAUGAGACUUGUGGCAAUUUCAAGAUUGAAACAGAGUGUCCAAAGCUUGUGGCCUGGGGAAAAAGGUGCAUGAAAAGGGAGAGUGUGGCUAAGUCAUUAGCUGAUCCAAAGGAGAUUUAUGAGUUUGUGAUUUCCAUGAAGAAGAAGUUAGGGAUAGAAUAAGCUCAACGGAUUGAUAGCUACCUAUAUCUUUUGUGGGUUGUGUGUCAAGAGGGAAUAAAAUGGUAGAUUUUGUGUUUAUGAUGGUGUGGAUCAAGGAGCAGGAGUGAAUCCUUCUUGUUUACUGCUAUUACUGUUCUUGUCCUUCUGGUCUUAUGGAUGUGCAUGGUUUUUGUAUGUGUCUGAAUAAAGUUUUCUGAACGGAGUAUAUGAGUUUGCAUCUCUCAUGGGCAGAGGUUAACACGAAUUAUGAAAAAAUUUAUUCACG